AUGCACGGUACCGCUUGGUCUAAAGCUGCAGGCUCUGUGCCCUCAGACCGUCUACGUUCCGCACAGCGCCAACAGCAUGUUCCCCCAAAACAAAACAAAGGAAAAGGCAUAGCCCAAGAACCUCCCAAAAGCAAAGCGAUCCGCAAGCUCGAAUCGCUCGCUGAUGGCGUUCGCAAGUCGUCUGGCAGAGAGAAGGAUCCAAAGGGCGGGUGUUUCUGCCAAGCGAGAGAACACGAACUUUCUCCUUACACCUCCAUAUGUCGUGGUUGUGGGUUGAUCCUAUGCGCUAUCAAUCUGCCCUACUACGCAUGCUCGCAUUGUUCUGCGGUGCUCCUCUCAGACAUUGCGCGUUCCUCGCUUUCUGCCCGCCUUAAUGAGGAGAUAUCUAAGCAAAUGUCAAAAGAGGAAGAGCAGAAGGAGCGAGUUGUUCAGCAAGCACGCGAUGCGGAGGGCGCAUUCCCUGUUCUCCCUGGCUCUGUCACACAACCAGUUCCGUCGAGCACGCCCUCGCGUCCCCCAGCCCAGACGCACAAAGUAUUAUCUCUAAACUCCAAGACGAAGAAAUACACAGUCUCAUCAUACACGAACACCCCUGUCCCAUCCCGUCCGGCAUCUCGUGCUGAGUCCGAGGAAGAGGUUCACAGAAUCACUGCACCUUCCCUGGAAGUUGACUAUGUGAAGAGCAAACCUGAUCGAAACCAUCUAUGGAACAAUAUGCGUAUGGAAGACCUUCUUUAUGUUCCCGUGAAGUAA